AUGAGUCGGUCGACGUACGAAACGGCCUUUAUCACAGUCUGUGUUGCUUUCCUUUGUCUCGCCUGGGUGAUGAUGGCCUUGCGCUACCUAGCGCGAGUGUACAUCAUGAGAGUGUUUCGAAUCGAUGAUAUUCUGGCCACGAUAUCUCUGCUGCUUUGCUCCGGUUCAUGUGCUUGUGUGCUUGCUGGGUUCCAGGCUACGCUCGGCAAUAGCUUCUCGAAGCUCUUCGUGGCUUUUGAGCUCCUCUACAUACUCUCGACUUGGGCAAUCAAAUUCUCCUUCACACUCUCAGUGCGUCCUCUCCUGUGUGACCGGUUUUAUAUCGGAGUCACCGCGGCAGUUACAGGGACGAUCACGGUAUACACUGUCUUCUACUUUUGCUGGAUUCUUACGCAGUGCGGCCGGUCUGAUUCCGAUGCGACUUGCGUCAAGGCCAUGGUCAUUCCAUCGUAUCUCCACGCAGGAAUCCUAGUCGGCUGUGAUAUCUCAUUAGCCGUGUUGUGCGUGAAGAUUAUUUCCGGCCUGCAACUGAAAACUUCCAAGAAGCUCUCUGUUCUCCUGCUUAUGCUUAUGGGGCCCAGCCCCUUUAUAGCUACCAUCCUCCGAGCGGUAUUUGCCUCGGGCCUCAAGCUUCCAAUUGGCCAUCCAGACUCAUGGCGCCGGAUCAUGUUCGCGAUCUUCACAGUCACAGAAAUGGGGCUUUGCAUCAUCACCACCGCCGCAACGACCCUGCGCCCCUUGUUCACCCGACUCAGGCUCCUCUCGACCUCUGAUCCGUCUACGCCCGUCCGUCAUACGCACACAUAUCCACACAUGCACACGCCCUCGUUCCCAGCUCGGCCCAGCAAUGCGCUCUGCUGCUCGAGCCGCGAGCAAGGGGAUGAGGAUGACAACGAGGCCCUCACCAUAGGCAACGUUGCUCCCGUUGAAAGAACGAUAUACGUCAUGCAGGAUUUCCGCUUGGAAGUGCCGAGCCGGUAG